GUUUUAUUGAAAAGAAGGGUCCUAAUCCAUUGUCCAAUCCUCUUGAGUUUUAUGGCUCCGAUGAGGGACUUAUUAUGAUGCUUAGUGGCUGCAGAUUCAUAACACGAUUUAAUGGAGAAAGUAUUGUCUUUGGAAAAAUUGAGAAAAAAAUAAGUUGUUGCCUGGCUAACCCAAGUGGUCUUAGAAAUUCUAGUUUCAUAGCACAGACUUCUACAACAGCACAUACUCUGCCUAGGCUAAGGAUCCGAGAGAAGAGAAAUGAAUAUACUGAAAGUUUAAUAGACUCUGCUAUUUUUCUACAUCAGCAAAAGGAAAAUAAUGCAAACUUCUCCAUGCAGUUGGGAAAUGAACAUAUGAGUGGAGAGAAUGAGGUAAAUGAUUCAGUAAGGUCUGGUUUCAGUAGCAUUGUCCAAAAUGAUGACCUAGAUCCUUCAGAUACAAGGCCUUCUUGGAAAGAUCUAAAGAUGGAUUCACCCACCAAGUCAUUGAAUGAUGAUGCACUUAAGGUGGAUGAUGCUGUGGAUUUUUAUGACCACAGUGGCAUAAGUGAAACUAGCGUUGCAAAUUUUCUGAAUGAUUCACACAAAGAUUGUGUGCUUAACCAAGAUUUGCAUAAAGGCAUACGACAUUCUGAUAAUUACCCAAAAAUAUCAGAUGAUUUCAUGGAUUCAAAUGGUGAAAGAUCAUUGGAGAAUGUGGAAAAAGUCUCUUCUAGCAGUGGGAAGAUAGGAAAGGUUGAUGUAUAUGAUUACAGAGGAAAGCAGCUGGAGCCAGCUCAGCAAGGAUCAUACAUUGCAAAAGCCUCUGGGACUCAAACUUGGGAUUCUAAGGCUAAAAAUUGUUCAUCAAUGGAACAAAACAUUUCUUCUAUUGAUUUGACUUCUCAAAAUAGAAAACAAAGACAAAAGAAGAAAAGCAAAAUGGAGCAUAAAAGCAAAAGUCCAAUAGAAGCCAACCCUUCUGACAGUACUGCUGUACUACAUGGGGCUGCAAACAGGUUGAAGAAGAAGGGGAAGAAUGUUUUAUCGGCUGUGCUGGUCAAAUAUGGACAGAAUGCUGAAUCCACAAAAUCAUAGUACGAUGUUCCUCUGCUUAUCAACUAAGUGUCCCUUUGUGUGGAGUGCUCAAUCUUUUCUUUGGUAGAUACAACAAAGUUAUGAUUAUCUGAAACAGAGGUCAAUCUGGAACUGCAUUUAUUACCCCUUGCAGAAAACUAAAGUGGAAGGCACGGGUUACUUUGCAGAUCUCUAUUUAAUCACUGUUGGAUUGAGAUUUUGCAAUUAUCUCUUUUACAUUUUUGGAGAUGUUUGUCAAUCAAGCAAGGGUAGUGAUUGAUUGAAGGAAAAGUUGCAUCAUGUGAAUUGGGCACAGAGCAGAUUCAUGCAUUUUUUAUUUAUAUAGACACUCUUUUCUCAGCCGUGAAGUUAAUCUGAUGAAUGAGUUUAUAUAGUUUUUCUUAUGUCUUAGCAAUGAAAAGGGAAACUUCCUCACAUAUUAUGUACCAACUAACAAGCUUUUUUGGCAUGGUUGUAGUCAUGUGCACCAAUGGUUAGAUACCCAUACUUUGCAAGAGCAUGUAGCAGGUUUGAAAACCCUGUUGACAAAUUACAUGCCUAUUAGUACCUUUGUGUUUCAUAUAAUAUUUUCCAUUGUGUAAGAUUCCACCUUGUCAUUUUUCCAAGCUACCAAACUUUGAUAUGUAUAAAAGUUUGCGUUUAAAUUUUCAGCUACA